UGUGUCGUUAACAGUACGCGUGUUCUUUAAUUACGUAAACAAGGAGUGUCAUUGUGAAUCCGAGGUACAUUGAAUGCGGCGUGAGUCGAAGUGUACUGUCGCCAUAGUAACUUGGCGUCUGGACGGAGGUCUGUUUUAAGUUGUCGGCUACGUUCUAUGGAGCUUUGUAGCUGUUUAUAAACGACGGACAAUUAUAGAUGAUUAUUGUAAUAACAAUGUCUGAUUGUUUGUAUACAACACAUAAUCAACACAUGUUGCGAAAUUAAGUUAGCUUCCCAAGUUGUCGCUACUUUGCUAACAACAAGGGGCUAAUGCUAAUGCUAGCUGGAUAUGUCCAGCAAUAAUCCCCCGCCGGCACGCCACCUGCCACAGUGGAGCCGAGUCGGGCGUCUCGGAAUGCCGUGCCCGCCUCGACGUUUACCGGCGAACCGACUGCAGCCGCUGCAUGUCGCCCCGCAGGGAGACAGAGGAGGGCCUAAGACAGCGACAGCAGCGGCCGGUCACAGCGACGCAAACCGCCGCGUCGCGUCACUCCAGAAGAACAUAGAGUUUUUACAGCAACAACACAAGCAAACUCUGGUUAAACUUCACGAAGAAGUGGAAUAUCUUCGAAGGGAGAACAAAGAGUUGAAAUAUAAGAUGAUCAUGGACGCUCCCAAGUCAAAUAAAAAAGGUCAGAAAAACAGUCACGUCGGUUUUGGUACAGACACUCAAGCAAAAGGACCCUCACAGUACCAUAUGCAAAGUGUGGGAGGUUGCAGAGAAACUCUAGGACCCUUCAGACCUAAACGUGGCUCAGGUGCGUCGGGGGCACAGCCUCGACAACUUCACACCAAUCCAUCAUCCCAUCCACCGCACGCCUCCAACCUGCGGGAUUGUGAGCUCAUCAUCCAGCAGCUCUACAGCACCAACAGUUUACAGUCUCAAGAAAUUGUGCGCUACAAGGCUUUGCUGACAGAUAUUGUACUCAACAAGAAAAUCACCCCAGAAAACUACAACCUGACCAAAGAAUACCUCAUUGAUAGUACCAGCAAAUUUUCAGACAGCAACAUGUUUCCUAAACUGGGUCUGCAAACAGCAAAAACGACUGGUGUGACCCUGCCAGCGCUCACACAAAGCAUUAGCUCCACCAUGGCAGAGCGCCAGAGGAGGGCUCGUGCCAUGCACAGAGGCCAUGUCAAGGCCACGGUGCGUUGAGAAGACAACAUCAUCAUCACCCCUCAGCACCAACCACCUUCAAGAUGGCUAAGCCAUCGUCUCGGGGACUCGGAUGAUAGCGAAGAAGACCCGGGAAAUGGUGACCUCGCAUCUCUGGGGUUGGCAAGCCAAUUGCACAGGCAUUCUCCACCGUCUCGCCGAGUGCCAGCAAGAGUCAUGAGUACUUGUCAACUCGACUCCUCAACUGGAGAUAACUUUCUAGCACCUCACCAUGGGGAAGGACGUCUUCAUAUGCCUUCACCAGCACCUGCAUUAAACAUGCAGAGAGUUACACAAGUUCUUACCACCUUGGGGCACCAUUCAGGUAAAAGCUCAGCUCAUCUUACUUGCUUAUUUGUAUAC